AUGAACAAGCUGAAGGAGUUCUACGCAUUCAAACAGGAAUCGGAUACGGAGGAGGACGAGGGACGCAACGUUACGUCGGUGCAGUCAAACCGGUCAAUCCUCGUCGACCAGCAUGGCAAUCCUUCGGACGAGCAGGUGUUGAGCAGAGACUUCAAGGCGAGACAGGUGAGUAUGAUGGCUGUGGCCAGUGCGUUGGGGACCGGGUUGAUUAUCGGGUCCGGAACCGCGUUGAAGCGGGGUGGUCCGGCGUCGCUCUUUCUUGGGUAUCUCUUCACCGGGUCGUUGCUCAUGGUGGUGCUUUUUUCUCUCGGGGAGAUGGCUGCGUUUGCCCCAAUGGAUAAGGCCUUCUCGGGCUACUGCACGCGGUUCUGCGACAAGUCCUUGGGCUUUGCUGCCGGCUGGAACUACUUCUUCACCUACGCCAUCACCUUGCCUGCCGAGUUGAGUGCGCUUGGCAUCAUCAUCCAGUACUGGCGAGAAGACCUCAACCCGGGGAUCUUCAUCUCUGUUUUCUACGUCUUGGUCAUCUUCGUCAACUGGUUCAACGUGCGGGUCUACGGUGAAACCGAGUUCUGGGGGUCUGUCGUCAAGUUGCUCACCUUGGUCAUCUGCUUCAUUACCUGUAUCGUCAUCACCGCCGGUGGUGCGCCAAACCACACCACCAUCGGCUUCCAGCACUGGAGAGAGCACGCCUUCCUCGAGUACCUCUCCGAGGGGAGCACCGGCCGCUUCCUCGGCUGGUGGGCAUGUGUCAUCCAAUCUGUCUUUGCCUAUAGCGGAAGCGAGUGCAUUGGAAUCAUCUUCGGUGAAGCCCCAGACCCGCGGAAGACCGUCCCCUCCGCCACCAGACAGGUGUUCUUCAGAAUCGGCUUUGUCUACAUCCUAGGGGUCUUCAUCCUCGGUCUCGCCGUCUCUCCGCUGAACCCACUGCUAGGCGCUGCCUCUUCGAGUAACGCCGCUGCCUCUCCCUUCGUCAUUGCCUUCAAGACCGCGGAAAUCAAGGUUCUCCCUUCCUUCAUCAACGCCUGCUUAUUGUUCUUUGUCGGCGCCGCCGCCAACUCCGAUGUCUAUCUCGGCUCCCGUACCCUUUACGGCUUGGCCAGAGACGGCAUGGCCCCUAAGAUCUUCCUCAAGUUGAACAGAAAUGGGAACCCAUACUACGCUUCUCUCUUUACGGCCCUCUUUGGUCUUUUGGCAUACAUGAACUGCAAGGAGUCCUCGUCCACCAUUUUUGGCUACUUCACCAGUGCCGACAGUGUCUUCGGCUUGUUGAUCUGGAUCAACAUCCUCCUUUCCUACUUCACUUUCUACAGUGCCACCGUAGAACAGAAAGUUCCAAGAGAAGACAUUCCUUUCAGAAUGUGGUUCCAACCUUACCCGGCAUACAUCGCCUUCUUCUUCCUCGUCAUCAUCACCUUCUUUAACGGUUACAACGCUUUCAUGCCAAACUUCCAGUAUAAGCAAUUCAUCACUUGCUAUAUUGGAAUUGCUGUCUACCUUAUCAUGAUCUUGGGCUACAAGUUCUAUUACAAGACCGAAAGAGUGACCGCCAAGACUGCAAGGUUGUACAACUACGUGGAGACUGUCGUCACCAUUGAUGAGAACCUUGAAAAGGAACCAGUCGUUUAA